AUGACAUAUACUUCUAUCAGCCAUAAAAUCACCGAAGACGGUCCAUUUAAACCAGAAAAAGAUAGAUAUACACUUUAUUUAAAUUAUGGUUGUCCAUUUGCUCAACGUGCAGGUAUUGCAAUGUUUUUAAAAGGUUUAGAUGAAUACAUUCAAGUUGUUUAUUCUCAUUUCGAGAUGGAAGAUGGAUUAUUUGUUUUUAAUGGUAAAGAUGACACAGAUUUAGAAAAAGAAAAUGGAUUUAAAAAAAUUAAAGAUAUUUAUGUCCACUCUGAUCCAGAAUACACUGGUAGAUAUACCAUUCCAGUACUUUGGGAUAGACAAACUAAAAAGAUUGUUUCAAAUGAAUCUGCUGAUAUUGUUCAAAUCUUUUCAUCAUCAUUCAAUAAUAUUUCUAAAAACCAAUCACUCAACCUUAGACCUGACCAUUUAGCCUCUCAAAUCGAUGAAUUUGUCGAUUAUUAUUCAAAAAAUCUUUUUUUCAAAGUUUACCAAGCUGUUGACCCAGAAAAGUAUGAAGAAACUUUUGACACAGUAUUUGCAACAAUUGAAAAACUAAACGAAUUCAUUAAAGGAAAGAAAUUUUUAUUUGGUGAUCAAAUUACAGAAGCCGAUAUUAAAUUAUAUGUAGUUUUAAUUAGAUUCGAUUUAAUCUUUUAUCCAUAUUUUAAAUUAAAUUGGAAAAUGAUAAAAGAUUACCCAGUUUUAUUAAAUUAUCUCAGACGUCUUUAUCAAACCAGAGGUUUUGCUGAAACUACAAACUUUUAUCACACCAAGGGUAUGUACUAUACAAAGGUACCUGGAGCCAUUAUCCCAAAAGGUCCAUGUCAAGAUUAUUUAAAAGAACAAGUAGUUGAUACUCUUUAA